CCAAGCCUUUGUGCCUGCGUUUCUUUCUACCGUUACCAAGUCAGUAUUAUGGUUUCUGAAGUUGAUAUACAGUCAGGGGAGAAGGAUGGUUUUUUUUUAAUCCAUAGUUCCCCUAACAAGAAGAGUACUAAACCAUGGAUAGAAAAGCAAGCUGACCAAGGAAUGGCAUGCUGAAAUGGAGAUUUGCUUAUCCCCAGCCAAGUCAAGAAAUAGGCUUUGCAGAAAGAUACAUCUGGUAUUCAGCUUUUCCUUCCCCAGCCAUCCCUAUGCUAAAUCUCUUCUUCUGCAUCUUUCAACGAGACUUGGUCCCAAUCUCCACUUGCUCUUUGGUUUUUCUCCAGCAGCUGCUCAAUUCUGUAAAAGGGGAUUGAUUCUCUACUGCUGCAGAAACCCACUUCUUCCAAAACAGAGUUGGCUAGGAAAUCAAUCCCUCGCGAUUGUUUGCCACUACUACAGGUUUUAUACUUGUAAGCAAAUAUUCUUCAGUUUUAGACCAAUUAAUCCUCAGAUUAUUAAAAACUACUGGUACAGACAUCAAUGUUGCUACUUUGGAACUAAAGGUGAAGGUGGGGCACAGCAACCAGAGAAGAAAUUAUGUAUCAAGCCCAUAUGUUAUUUUACAGCCCAAUUACUAAUACAAAUCGGCCCAUUUAGCAAAAAAUAUUGGACUUUGGAUUGUAGGGCUUUACCCCGAAGGGGGCCCUUCCAGAAAUUCUCGAGGGCCACGAGCAAGCCGCGGCCCAAGAGGGGGUUUGGAAAUAGUUUUCAACCAGCAAUUGACGCGCCUCGGUUAUUACCUCACUAGCUGCGUCAUUGCCCCAAGCGCAAAGAUGCUUUUUUCCGUUGGGCUGCCAAGUGUUCUUAUACUCCAGCUCCCCUACUUGGCUUUGUCAGUGGACGAUGUGGUAUUUUCUGCUGCUUCUGGUCAGUCCUCGAGCCACGUUACAAAUGGAUUUGUUUACUCCUCUCCACUGCUUUCCUUUUGCUCAUGCUGUCAUGCAUCACUAUCGUUUGGCCGAUCAUAUGGAACAUGUGUUUUUUUUGGUCCCUCUCGCUACAAUUCGAUGGAAGAACUCAGAUCAGAUCAUCUGAAGGUUGGUCAACUUAACCCAACAAGUAGCACCAUUAUGAAAUCAUCAUAGGAUGCUACCGGUUAACUUACUAUUACUUGAUUUACUUCCACUAAUUGCUCAUAUCUGGUAUAAAUUUUGAAAUACUGUGAUCGGUCAAGUAAAAUAUAUUUAUUUAUGCUGUCAACUUGAAAAGAUUUUUGUUGCCUACUGGCUACUACCAACCACGCCCAACACCAUAAAAAUGUGACAAAGCUGUAUAAAUUUAUUCGCUCCCCUUUUCGCUUACGAAGAUCACUGCUAUCCCUGCUCUGCUCACUAGCCUCUCCUCUGCGAAAGAGAAAACACGAGAAGAAUAAAAAAUGACCCUGGAGAUCGCUGUGAAGGCUGCCGCUGGUGCCCCGGAGCUGCUGGGAGACUGUCCGUUUUGCCAGAGAGUUCUGUUGACAUUGGAAGAGAAGAAGGUUCCUUACAAGUCGCUUCUUGUCAAUCUCAGUGAUAAACCUCAGUGGUUCUUGGACAUAAGCCCUGAAGGGAAGGUUCCAGUGGUGAAAUUUGAUGACAAAUGGGUUGCUGAUUCUGAUGUCAUUGUUGGGAUGCUAGAAGAGAAAUAUCCAGAACCAUCUCUUGUCACUCCUCCUGACUUUGCCUCUGUAGGUUCAAAGAUAUUCAUAUCCUUUAUCAACUUCCUGAAGAGCAAGGACCCUAGUGAUGAAACGGAGAAGGCUUUGGUUGAGCAGCUGAAGGCACUUGAUGAGCAUCUCAAGGCAAAUGGGCCUUUUAUUGCUGGAGAGAAGAUCACUGCUGCGGACUUAAGCUUGGCCCCGAAACUGUAUCAUCUGGAGACUGCUCUUGGCCAUUUCAAGAAGUGGAGUGUCCCUGAAGACUUGACUCACGUCCACAACUACAUGAAGACAUUGUUCUCCCUUCAAUCAUUUGAGAACACCAAGCCUGCUGCCAAAGAAUAUGUCAUCGCUGGUUGGGCACCUAAGGUCAAUGCAUGAAUUCGUUCUCUUAUAUGAGUAGUAGUUGUGAGCUUCGGUUGUAAUGUUUGUCGAGGAUGUUGUACUAGUAGACUCUGCUACCCACAAAUAAGCUAUUUGACUUAGAAGAAUAAAGCUUUGUGUUUUUAUCUUGAAUGGUGGUGUUAUCACUUCAUCUGAAAUGUACUUGUGGAGAAUGGGACUCUUGCCAUAUUGAGGUCUCGAGAUGUUGGUGUAUGUCAACUUUGACCACAUGACAUCCCAAUCGCGUGCGAUAAAAUUUAUCACUGGAUUUGAAUUUUGGGGUCGAUAAUCAUAAAAAUAGCAUCAUCUUGAUCUUGUACAAAAAUGCUAGUUUGUUCAUAGUUACUGCAUUGGUUGAAAACCUACAAACCCAGGUCUUAUCACUCCUAGUUACUGCAUUUUUAGAAUGGCUCACGACAUAAAAGUGCAUUGGAUUGCUAGUUUGCUACUUGUUAGAACCGGUGACAGGAUUCUCUUAUUCCGGAGUGAAUUCAAUUACUUAAUCCGAUUUCAGAUCGCGCUUUAGAGUAUUUUUUGCUGCUACCACAGGCGCCUGAUUAUUGGAUGAACGAACUUUCAAGUAGAAGUAAAAUGAAACGUGGAUACAUAGUGCUUUUACUCACACAAGCAAUAGGUUCAUGAUCAUGAUAAGGUAGAUAGAAAGCUCUGUUUCCUGUACAGGCAAACGUCCAACAAGGAAGGGUAGGAAGGAAAUAUUACAGCACACAGCCAAAGAACUUUGGUUUGUGAGGAUAAUAUAAUUUCACCAAUCUC